AAUUCAUCGAGUGCGUUUGGCAGGAAGAGACCAGCAUCGUGGGCACUGGGUCCAUGGAAAACUGUGACGUCUACAGCACCGACACCAGUGCUGCCAUGCUGGAUUUGCUUGAGGGAGAGAGUGUUUCCAGUCUAGAGCAAGUGCCCGCCAUGGUCAGGGACAUCCACCAGUGGCUCAUGGCCAAUGAGUCUGAUGAGCAGAGUCUGGACAGGACCCUGCUGGAGCUGGCUGAGGCACACCCAGCCGAUGUGGGGAUAACUCUGCUGCGUGUGGCCCCAUCAUGUGACAGAGCUGCUACGACCAUGUGGAAGACACUCAUGUCCUCGCCCAUGACUGCGGAGCCGGUGCUGCUGCUGCUCCUCAAUGUGCUGGGGAGCUGGCCAGAGCACAGCACGCGCACCUCCGACGGGGACAACACAGAUGUCUUUGCCCUGGCUGCAACUGUGGUGAUGUGGAAGAUCCUCCAGGUGCCCUGUGUCCCACAGGCAGUCACAGUGUAUUUGCCCCGCCUCUUUGUGCAUCUGCUCUUCCAAGUGUUCUUCAGCACAGGGGAGAUGCCAGAGGAGGUCGAUAACUUGUGGAGAGUAUGCCGGAAGGAACACGGCCUUGUCACCAACCCCAGCAGGUUUGCAGUGCAGACCCUGAGGGCCCUGCUCUGCCUGGAGUAUGAGGAUAUGGUGACAGCAAUGGAUCGCAAGCGUGGCUGGGAUGCGCUGCUCUGUGCUGACACCCAGCACGAUGCAGUGGCUCUGCUGGCCAGGGAGGUGUCCUGUGUCUCCAUACCCUUGUGUUCUGGGAUCGCGCUCCACCUGCUCGGGCUGCUCAGCGCAGAAGAGCCACGCUGGGAUCUGCCUGCCCUGGCGUUCUUUGUGGAGGUGCUCGAGUGCCUGGACUUGAGGGAAUGUGGUGACAGUGUUGUGGAGAUCUCAUCAAAAUACCUGCAGAGUGAGCGCAGACAGAUGCGUCACCUGGCACUCAGGGCCCUCCUCGUGCUCAGGGACGAUCCCUCAGUGGCCGAAAGAACGUGGAGCCUGACUGAAAGCCUUGUGAAGCUCCUGUGGGACACAGAUGGAGAGAUAGUUGGGAUGACACUCGUUGUACUAGGCUUUUUAUUCUUGGACAAAGACAUCCUGGUAUCAAGCCCCAUCGCCCUGCAGCUGGCUGAGGCGCUCCUGCCACUCUUUGACAACGAUGAUAACCAGGUUCAGCGGCUCUCCAUGAUUCUCUUCCGAGAAAUGAUGGAUUUUUUAGCGGAAGAGGGAGAAAAGCUUGUGCAAUGGAGCCUGCUCCCACUCUUCUUCCGCUGCCAUGAUGAGAACCGGCAUGUGGCAUGGGCCUCUUGGGUAACGCUGCUUCGUGCGACUGAGUUCCUGAAGAGGAGAGAUCUCACAAAGCGCGUGGAGAAACAGAAACUGUGGAUGUUCGCCAAGUGCCUGCUGGCAGUGGACAGGAGCCGAAUGACCGAGUACGUGCGCCGGGCCCUGCCGUACCUGUACAGCCCACAGGAGUCCCUGCGAAGGGUGGCCGCCAGGUUCAUCGUGAUCGCCGGGCAGAGCUUGACAAGACAGCAGGGAGCGUUCGGGCUCAUCUGUCAAGCCCUUGAAGAUACGGCAGAGGACAUCAGCCUCGCCAUUGGAAGCCUGGCACAAGAAACGUCGCAGUUCCUCAGGGCGCUAGAGAGGGCUCCAGUCUCCAUCUCUCGGAAGCUGCGAAAUCAGCUCCGCAGCGCAUGGAAGGCACGGCCUCGUCUCUGGGGCCGUGGCUGGCUGUUCUGUUGGAGCCCUGUAGAGAGCUGAGCUGUCUGCUCUUCUCUUCUGGGGCCACCUGAGCCAGCGGGGAUUCUUCUGUUCUUUAGGAUUGCUCCUCUCUUCUUUUCAUUUUUCUUUAGUAUGUAAAUAUAGAAUGUGUUAUAAUA